AUGUCCGUGGCCGAAUUUGAAGCAUCCUUUUCUAGUUUGUCCCGGUUUGCACCGGAGUUAGUAGCGACGGAGGAGCGUCGUUGCUUUGAGUUUGAGCAGUGGUUGAGGAUGGAGAUUUUGUUCAAAGUUGCCAGGAACAUGAUCCGAGAGUAUGAUCGCCUUGUGGAGGCAGCUGCACAUGUGGAGAUUACGGUUGAAGCCGAAGAGGAGAGACUUCGAAAUUCGAGGUGCAGGGGCCAUGGAUCACAGGGAGAUUAUAGGCCCAACAAGAAGAUUAAGGGUACCUUUUCAUCCCAGUCUCAGCCGCAGCAGUCUAGAUUUACUUUUUCCUUGCCUAGUAUGGGCUCGGGAAAGCGUGCAUCAAGCGGGUUCUCUUGUUUCAAGUGUGGCCAACCGGGUCACAAGGCCUUUGCAUGUUCGCAGAAGGGAAGGGGACAGCAGAUGUUGCCACCACCACCACCGAACCGAUCCCAAAGCCAGUCUCAGUCUCAGAGUAAGGGGAAGGGGUCUACUUGUUAUCAAUGUGGUCAGUCAGGGCAUAUGAAGAGAGCUUGCAGGCAGUUGGAAGGCGCAUCUGGCACAUCCGGGUCGAGGCAGACCCAGAGUCAUCAGCCGACCCAUUCAGUCUAG